GCUCGAGACUACUUCCUCAAAAUAUAAACAGUAGUGUCUUGCAGUGUUCCGUUCCACUGCUUGCCAUCGGAUACACAGAAAAGAUAGUGUUCAUUACCUAGUCGUCAGAAUGUGACAUUACUUCGAGGAGCUUUGCCCUCAAAAGUAAGUCAGUACACGGUCUGCCAGUGCUUCUCUCAAGCGUUGGAAUGGGUUGCAUUCCUGUAUGGCCCAAAUGGAGACUAAAGGAGGCGGCGAGGUGGAAAAAAUGAAAACGAAGUUUUUGUCCAUGUGGCACAAUGUGAAGUACAGUAAGUUGAAUUUGAGGGCGGAACACACGAGCGCGCGCGCGGUCACAGAGCAUGUGACAGUCCCUGUCAAAACAGAUCAGUGGCACAGAUUGUCUCAGAAUGCGUUCGCAUCCGAACAUAUUGUUGCUAAGACAACACAAAAAGAUUUGCGUAUUUUAGGUUGGGCUCUGAAGUCAAAGACCUCAUUCAGCCGAAAUUCCACUGUGCUUCUUCUGGGAAAGUGUUACCAUUUCAAGGCUGACGGACCUGACGAAUCCUCCCUGGAAGCUUCAGAUAAAGACUGUGUCAUGGGAAAUAUAGAAGAUUUCCGCAGGGACUUUGGGUCUCGUGUAUGGCUAACGUAUAGAGAAGCAUUUUCCCCUCUGCCCGGCUCUGGUCUAACAUCUGACUGUGGCUGGGGCUGCAUGCUGCGGGCUGGACAGAUGAUGUUGGCUCAAGCACUUGUUCUUCACUUCUUGGGCAGAGAUUGGACAUGGCCAGAGGCACUACAACUCCAGUGUUUAGACGCCGAGACAUGGACCACCACUGCAGCCAAGCACCUAUUUGAAUCCUUGGAGACCUCUUUACAGAGUACCAUCAACAGGCCCGCCAAUCCUGAACCCUCUGCCAUACCUCAGGCUCAAGCUCCUGUGUCAGCAGAGGAAGCGGAUUCCCACUUAAAAGAAAUGUACCAUCGGACACUUGUUUCAUGGUUUGGGGACAACCCUUCUGCUCAGUUGGGUCUGCACAGACUAGUGCAUUUAGGCCUGACAUUGGGGAAACAGGCAGGGGACUGGUAUGGACCUGCUGCUGUAGCUAACAUUCUCAAGAAGGCAAUGGAUGAAGUGAAGGACCCUGCCUUAGCCAGUAUUACUUCUUAUAUCUCCCAAGAUUGUACAGUGUAUAGCGCUGAUGUGAUAGACAGCCACAGGGCACUCAAAGCUGGGCAGCCCUCAGCUGGAACAUCGGAUGGCCUGCCCCCUCCACAAAAGAACCAAUCAGUGUCUCCGUUCACCGUGCCAGACAGUCAAGCUGUUAUCAUUCUCAUUCCUGUGCGACUGGGAGGGGAAAAGACCAACCCUGAGUACUUUAAUCUUGCAAAGAGAAUACUAAGUCUGGAAUACUGUAUUGGCAUCAUUGGAGGGAAGCCGAAGCAGGCCUGCUAUUUUGUAGGAUUUCAAGAUGACAGCUUGAUUUACAUGGACCCUCAUUACUGUCAGUCUUUUGUGGAUGUCAGCACCAGCGAUUUCCCUCUCCAGUCCUAUCAUUGUCCCUCACCUAAGAAGAUGCCUUUCACUAAGAUGGAUCCAAGCUGCACGAUAGGAUUUUACUCCAGAAGUAUCCAAGACUAUGAGAAAAUCAGUGAAGAGCUGUCUCAGGUGCUGCAGCCAUCGGCAAAUGACAAAUACCCUGCAUUCACUAUUGUGCAAGGUCAUGGCAGAGAUUAUGACUUGUCAGCCAGCCUGACCCCAGAAAAGAGAGAAUGGGCCUUCAUCCGUGACCCUAAAAGGACAAUCACCACUGCUGGGGACUUUGUGCUACUUUGACAGAACAGUUUAUAUCUGCAAACAUGGACCUUGCCUGAAAACCUUGUGUCUGACCCAGAUGUGACAUUGAACGUUUUAAAACUGAACUGUCUCUGGAAACAGACUUUGAAAUGAUUAGUGAAUAUUUGGUUCACCUCAGUGUGAGCUGGCUAAAAUAUUUUGGUUUAUCAAAGGACGUGUGAUGCUGAGCUAAAUUACCUGACCUAUUUUUAUAGUAAACAGAAAACAAAACAUGCAAUAGGUGAGGUGCACAGGUUGUAUACCGUAAGUUAUUUUUCCCUGUCUUCUAUUUUUGUUCUAUGGUCUGAUGACUAGUUCCUUUAUAAUGGUAACCACUUGUAAAAUAAAUGAGUUUCUCUAUAAUUCAGUCUCCGUAAUAUCUAUAGGACUUGUUUGGCAUGAUUUCUAUUGCACUAAAAGGAAUACAAUAAUAAAGAACCAAAGAACAUUUCCAAGCCCAAACACUAAAAAAAGAAAAAAAAUAAUAAUCUAAUGGAUUUCAUAUUUUACACCAUAGAAAAUGAUAUGCCAUCCUGGAAGGGUAAUCAUUUCAUUUAUUAACCACCGUGUCGCACUAGAGCUUUCUAAUUUGUAUUGCAUUUGCAUGUUUUAUAUUUGAAAUAAAUGUAGUAUGACUAAUUUAGUCGGUUUAAUAAAUAUUUUUGAAUUGCA